ACAAAACUCUUCACGGUUUGUUCAGGCGAGCCACCAGUGAUGAAAAGGGCGGCCAUUUCUUAACAGUAGGGUGGUGGCUACCUGACAACGAUAAUACACUUGAGAAAGGGGAGGCGUCUUUACCUUACCUUACCAUACCAAAAACUGGUGUCUUUUUGUUGAUUUGGGAGUGGCUUGGCCAACUAUUUCUCUCUUUCUCAAAGUCAUAGCAGCGGCUGCAAAGGGUUAGGGUUUUUCUGGAAUAGAGACGACGACGACGGAGGUCUUCUCUGUCUGAUAUCCGCAUUUAUUAUGGAUCGUCUUCGUUCAAGAGACAGGAGAAUCUUCUCUGGCUUUACUGCAUCUGAGAUUGAAAAAAUGGAGAAACUUUAUGAUGAAUCUGGGGAGUUUUGUCUCAACAAAGAGUUCUGUAAAAAGAUUGCAAGAAGUUUCAACUGCUCCAAAGGUCGUGCAGGGCAAGCACCUGUGAAGUGGAUUGAGGUGCAUAGUUGGUUCCAAGAUUGGCAGGAACUCAAUCCACUUAAGAUUUCUACUUCACCCAAUCUUCCCGAGAAGGUGUCUGCUGUCCCUGAAGCAAGCCCUUCAAAUGGUCCACUUAAAGACUCUCAAGAUGCACAAGAUCCCGCCUCAGGCAACAAGGUUCGAGAUCUGUUAGAAGUUCAAUUUGAGGCUCUGUCAAGACGGGAUGGGGCAUGGUACGAUGUUGAUAUAUUUUUGGGCCACAGGGUUCUUAGUUCGGGUGAAACCGAAGUUCAUGUGAGAUAUAUUGGUUUUGGAGCAGAGGAAGAUGAGUGGGUAAGUGUGAAGGCUUUACGAGAACGUUCUGUUCCCUUGGAACAUUCAGAAUGCGGGAAAAUUGAAGUAGGUGAUACAGUUAUUUGCUUCCAGGAGAGGAGAUAUCAAGCCAAAUACUAUGAUGCUACUAUUGUAUCUAUCCAGAGAAGGAUGCAUGACAUUCGGGGUUGUAGGUGUAUAUUCUCGAUUCAAUACUUGCAGGACGAAACCGAGGAGAAAGUGCGGUUGAGAAGGCUAUGUCGUCGACCGACCUAAUUCUAGCUUGUUGACAUGCCAAUUUUGUUCAGGCUCCUCCAAGGUUUCUGAAUAACAUAUCUCCUCUAUUUUGACUAUUACUGUGCUAUUGUUGCACAGUGGAUUUACUUAUUUUUAGUUUACUACUUGUAUAUAAAGUAAACUCACGAGAACAUAUAUAUUGCUUCUCAUCGAAAGGAGUCACGGUUGUAAGCAGAAAUCAUGGUUUGGUUUUGUUCAGUUGAAAUUAAACGAUAAAAGGGAGGGCAUAACCAAACACAAAAUAGAAACCAUGGUUUUGUAUUGGUUUUUGCAACUUGACUAUGAUUUGGUUUGAUGAGUGAUGCAAAUGAAUUGUUUCUUUGGAAAUUUUGCAAUGUAACUGUGUUAAGCAACUUUCGUUCAGUACCGUGUUUAUCAUCCUAAUGGUUAGCAUGAUCUUUUGGGGACCAUAA